AUGGCGCUCUUUAGGAGGUUCAUUGAGCCUGGCCGCCUGUGCGUGGUGCAGUAUGGUCCUGACGAAGGCAAGCUUUGCUUCGUUGUGGACAUCAUCAACCUCAACCGCGUCCUCGUUGAUGGAGCGGGCGUGACGGGAGUGAAGCGUCAGGCGAUUCCAAUUCGGCGUGUGGCGCUCACUGACAUGCGUUUGAAGAUCCCCCACGGCGUUCGUUCUGUAACGCUGCGGAAGGCACUGGAAAAAGACGAUGUAAUUGCAAAGUUUAAUGAAACUGCAUGGGGAAAAAGACGCAUAGCGAAGCAGCGCCGCGCCGCGCUGACAGACUUUGAACGGUUCAAGGUAAUGGUGGCGAGGAAGCAGAGGGCUCAGGCUGUGCGCAGCAAGCUUUCUAAGAGAAAGUAA